CGAGGCGCACGCGGAUUAAAUGUCUAUACUGUAUCUUUUCCCAGCUUGGACAAGCGGUUGAUAUCCUUGACAAUAGCGAUGAUCCCCGGGAUCGUGCUGACUGCCCCACUUGGGACGUGAUUGAUGUACAGCUAGAGUUAUGGAACUGCUAUAAGAACGAAGCCAGCGUUCGACUGAAAGACAUCGCGUUAACACAAUGAUGCGACUGAAGAUCAGCCAUCUGGAGUGAUAUCAAGAUGAAUCAAAGUCGAACCAGCAGGGCGGCAGGGGAAACCUUGGCUGCCGACAGCAAAAGCGCCGCAGAAUCUCCCCUCAACAUUACAGCAUGCAACAUUCAUUGUCGUUGCUUUUGUUCAAUGCUCUUGGACCCAGGCGUUUCGAUCGAUCAAAAUGGCAUAUAUUGCUAUGCCGAGGGAUUUGGCGUGGCGCCUGGCACUGACUCUGGAUUAUCUCCAGGCUUGCAGGCCUCGCCCAGCAUAAAGCAGCAGACCGCGGUCCUAGGGCUCAGCGGCGUCGAUAUGAGGAAUUCUCCCACCCUCACGGACGUGACUAGCGCGCACGACUGCAGGACUUAUGAAGGCAGUAUGCAGUCAUUCCAGACCUGCUUUCCUGCAUCUUUCAACAUUUGCCAGGGUGUGCUCAGAGAACCUUUGGAGAGCGUCGUGGCUGCUGGCUCAGCUUCGUCAAGUGCCCCUGCAUCAAGAUAUCAGCAAGCUACACUGCAAUCUUGCUUUCGAUGUUACGACCACGGCUGCAAGGGCCGUAAAUUUAGUUCAAUCGAGAAUUAUCGACGUCAUGUCCGAGAGAAAAGCAUGACGAGGAGAUAUACCUGUAUUCUCUGUUACAAGAGCUUUACACGCUACAGCAAUUUGAUGAUACACACAUCACAGAAGAAAUGCACGGCGCUGAGAACAGCGGCAUAUAGUGAACAGGGCAUGCUUGGAGGCAUUGUGUAACGUAGACUAGUCGGAGCUGAGUCUGAAUGGAUGUACUCAACACUAGCAAAACAUGAAUCAUGGU